CAAAUGGACACACACUCUUAGUGGUCCGGAAGGAAGUUCCUCUUAUAUCUUACUGGGCAUAAGGAACAACCGCUAAGGAGGUGGUCACCGGGAGAAACUUUAACCCAAGCAUGCCACCUUGCUAAGCGUGACCAUUUUUUGGCCCCUACCGCUUUACGUACUUUGGGCGGGAAUGAGGACACACGUUCUCUACCUGAGAACUUUGUCCCUCAGCAGAGGAAGAACUGACCGGCCAGAGCACCCUGGGGGUAAGAACACGCCCCACUGACAGCCGGCGCGCAGCCUUAGGCAACCUCGGUUCCGGGGACAGCGGCUCCUCCAGCGCCCGCCCGCCUGGAGCCAGCCUCUUCACCCUGCGCCCCGCCGCCCGACCCGGACGCCCCUCGGCCGGCGCCCGCCCAUGCUUUCGGGGUUCAGGAGGGCUCGCCAGCUACUGCACGGCCUCUUUCCCGGCUCGAGGAUGGGUGACUCCGCCUCCAUGCUUGUCAGCCCUCAGGAGGCCCUGCCCGGCCGCAAGGAGUCGAUUCCCGUAGCCGCCAAACAUCAUGUCAAUGGCAACAGAACAGUUGAACCUUUCCCAGAGGGAACACAGAUGGCUGUAUUUGGAAUGGGCUGUUUUUGGGGAGCUGAAAGGAAAUUCUGGAUCUUGAAAGGCGUCUAUUCCACUCAAGUGGGCUUUGCAGGAGGCUAUACUCCCAAUCCUACUUAUAAAGAAGUCUGCUCAGGAAAAACUGGCCAUGCAGAAGUCAUCAGGGUUGUGUACCAGCCAGAGCGCAUCAGCUUUGAGGAACUGCUCAAGGUCUUCUGGGAGAAUCACGACCCGACCCAAGGCAUGCGCCAGGGCAACGACCACGGCACCCAGUACCGCUCAGCCAUCUACCCCACGUGCGCUGCGCAGAUGCAGGCGGCCCUGCAGUCCAAGGAGGACUACCAGAAGGGUCUGUCAAAGCACGGCUUUGGUCCAAUCACCACCGACAUCCGGGAGGGCCAGACUUUCUACUAUGCAGAAGACUACCACCAGCAGUACCUGAGCAAGAACCCGGAUGGCUACUGUGGCCUCGGGGGCACAGGGGUUUCCUGUCCCCUGGGUAUUAAGAAGUAACUUCUGCUGGCAUGGUAACCCCUGUAGGUUCCAGUAAAAAUGCUCUCCCCUAAUGGGCCAAUGCUUCUUUUUCACAUCAGUGGCUUUUUGAAGUGUGCUGAUAAAAAUCUGGGUUUGAUUGAGGUUUAUUUUACAAGAAGUACAAUGGCAAGUUGAUAAGAUGUAUUUGGUCUUCUGAUAAGUUCGGGUGGGAAUGACACUGUGAAAUUUUCUGAAUCAUUUGGGCUCUAAACAGAUCGAGAGAAUAUCAUGUGUCCUCCUCUGGGACUCUGGGCACCUGUCGUGGGAGCUGAGGGCUGGAGCUGGGAGACUGUGGCCCAGCACGGGGGACGUGGGAGCCUCCUCUCUGUCCUGCCCCACCUCCACGCCACCUGCCCUCCAGUGCCUUACAGCGUGUGUACAGGUGCAGCCUGCACGAAUCCUCCCCUGAGUCUCUGUGCGCCAUGGAACCUGGAUGUGUGUAAGGGGCUUUCUGUCUCUUCUCAGCACCCUGUGCCGUGGGAAGUGCAUUAGCUUGAGGAAUCCAAUGCUUUGCUUACAGCUGCAAGAAAUGCUUAUCCUAAUAAAAACCUAUAGUUCAGUGAUACAAA